AGCCCUGUCAGCUGGACUAGGUGACAACACUGUCACAGGCAGUGCUGACGUUCGGCCAAAAAAAUAGGAGAAACGUAGUAAAAACACUCGAAAAACAGAGUAUUUCGACUAAUUAACUUCAGGAUCUCUUUGCAAGCGGUUCGGCAUCCGAGUGCUAGUCAGGAGAGUUAGUGGGACAGCUAGGGACAGCUGGCGCAACCCACGUUCCAGUUACAGCCGCUGAAAGGGCGACAGAUAUAUCGGAUCAACUUGGGAAUAUUUGCCUCAAUUUCAAGAUGUUCCCAAUCCUCGGCUUCGUUACGCUACUGCAGAUCCUUCUGCCCCUCUUGGGACCGGCGGAGGCCUUUUACCUGCCCGGAUUGGCGCCGGUUAACUUCUGCAAAAAGGGCGAGGGCACCCCCACAUGCAAGUCGGAUGUUGUGCUGUACGUUAACCGGCUGAACACGGAGGAAUCGAUCAUACCCUAUGAGUACCAUCAUUUCGAUUUCUGUUUGGGUAAGGAGGAAAACUCUCCGGUGGAGAAUCUGGGCCAGGUUGUGUUUGGCGAGCGUAUUCGUCCCGGACCCUACAGUAUCACUUUCCUGGAGAAUCAGCCAUGUGCUGUGGCCUGUACCAAGGAAUACAAGGGUGGCGAUGCCAUUUCUAACCGCCUGAUGAUGGUCUUGAAGAAGGGCAUUAGCUUGAACUAUCAGCAUCAUUGGAUUGUGGACAAUAUGCCCGUGACCUGGUGUUAUCCACUGGAGAAUGGAAAGCAGUACUGUGGCACUGGAUUCCCGAUGGGCUGCCUCGUUCGACCUGAUGGCGAGGGUUGCCCAAUUAACUCGAUUUACAACCAGCCCAUGCAUUACUAUCCCUUCAAUCAUGUGGACCUGGAGAUGACCUAUCACAGCGGACAGUCGGAGGAUUGGGGAAUUGGAUUCGGCAACAGUGGACGGAUUAUCUCAGUGAAGGUUACUCCCAAAUCGAUUAAGCAUACAGAUCCCAAGAAUCCCAACUGCCUGAGCACUGAACCAUUGGCCAUUAGCGAGAACUCCCUGAAGCCUGGAGAACAGCUGCGUAUUAUUUACACGUACAGUGUCAAGUUCGUAAAAAACGACUCAAUUAAGUGGUCCUCCCGUUGGGACUACAUCUUGGAAUCAAUGCCGCACACGAAUAUCCAAUGGUUCUCCAUUCUCAACUCGCUGGUGAUUGUGCUCUUCUUGAGCGGCAUGGUAGCCAUGAUAAUGCUUCGCACUUUGCACAAGGACAUUGCCCGCUAUAAUCAGAUGGAUAGCGGCGAGGAUGCCCAAGAGGAGUUUGGCUGGAAGCUGGUCCAUGGCGAUGUCUUCCGGCCGCCGCGCAAGGGAAUGCUGCUGUCCAUUUUCCUGGGAUCCGGUGUACAGGUGUUGGUUAUGGCCAUGGUCACCUUGGCCUUUGCCUGCUUGGGCUUCCUGUCGCCAGCAAAUCGAGGCGCUCUGAUGACCUGCUCGAUGGUCUUGUUCGUCUCAUUGGGCACUCCGGCUGGCUAUGUGUCAGCGCGCAUCUAUAAGAGUUUCGGCGGACUUAAGUGGAAGAGUAAUGUAAUCCUCACCUCGAUCGUGUGUCCAGGAGUGGUCUUCUCUUUGUUCUUUGUGAUGAACCUGGUGCUGUGGGGCGAGAAUAGCUCGGGAGCUGUGCCAUUUAGCACACUGAUCGCUUUGCUGGCCCUGUGGUUUGGCGUCUCGGUGCCUUUGACCUUUGUUGGCGCCUACUUUGGAUUCCGCAAGCGCGCCCUGGAGCAUCCGGUGCGCACCAAUCAGAUUCCACGACAGAUUCCCGACCAAUCGAUCUACACACAACCGAUUCCCGGCAUCGUGAUGGGCGGCGUUCUGCCGUUUGGCUGCAUUUUCAUUCAGCUGUUCUUCAUUCUUAGCUCGCUGUGGUCAAAUCAGAUGUAUUACAUGUUUGGCUUUUUGUUCCUGGUCUUUUUGAUCCUGGUUAUCACGUGCUCGGAGACAACGAUCCUGCUGUGCUACUUCCACCUGUGUGCGGAGGACUAUCACUGGUGGUGGCGCUCCUUCCUAACGUCCGGCUUCACCGCUGUCUACUUGUUCAUCUACUGCUGCCAUUACUUUGUGACAAAGCUCUCGAUCAAGGACAGCGCCUCGACGUUCCUGUACUUUGGCUACACCGCCAUUAUGGUGUUCCUCUUCUUCUUGCUGACCGGCACCAUCGGGUUCUUUGCGUGCUUCUGGUUCAUUCGCAAGAUCUACAGCGUAGUCAAGGUGGACUAAAUGAAAUAAAGAGGCAAAAGGAAGGAGAAGCAGGAGAACGAGCUCUGUGCGAAUGUAUUUUUGUAUGUGUAGCCACAAAUUUACACUUAAGCCUAAUGUGUGUGUGUGUGAUUUCUGCGCUGUGCGCCACCCGGCACAGGCAGUUUUCUGUUUAAUAUAAUUACGAAUUGAUAUAUGUGUACAAUAACAUAUACCUUGUAUCAGGCAUAAAAACCGUGGAUGAAAUGUAAUGAAGCGCGCAAUAAUCUUUAAGCAGUUACCAGCAGACGGCUAAGGUGGAGUCGAAGAUAUAUAUCUUUUGUAUAGUUCAGAGCGUUCUGUUAAUCUUUAGGCAUAAAGUUUAGCAAUGUCCAUUUCCCCCACUUCUAUAAACGAUUCCAAGAAAAAUAAAAAAUAAAAAAAAAGAAAUGCUAAGAAACACAGAAAAAGUACUGAGCCCAAGUAAAACCGAAGUACUUUAAACACCGUUCUCUAUUUGUAAUAAUCAAAGCCUAUCAACUGUAAUUAGUGGCUCGAGCAGGAUUGAUGAAUUCUAUUGUAAUAUUUUAAAUACUUUAGUUUAAACUAUUUAAAUCUAACAACUUGCGACUAAAAAAUAAACAAAAAAUACAAAUUAUAAAA